AUGCGCAAUCUAAAACUAUUCGAGAGAUUCAAGAGCACCCAAAUCCACGCUUUCAAUUCACAGGACUCUCCCUCCACAAGCAGCAACAAUGGAACCCCUCGAAUGAAGUUUCUACGGAAUCCCAAAUCAACCUCCAAAUCGAUCUCCCGUUCACUUCUCCCUCAUGGCUUCCCCACGACGGAGCUCCUUGAGCCUCCCUUGGACUCUCACCUCAAACCCAUCGACUUGGUGGAGUCGUUAUCAAAUCUCUACCGGAGAAUCGAGUCAAGCUCGGAGUCCGAGACGUCCAUGCUCUACCUCGAGCAGUACACUGUUCUCCGCAGCCUCGGCGACGCCAAGCUCCUGCGCAGAUGCCUGCUCAACGCCAGGAGGCACGCCAUUGAUGUCUCCUGUAAGGUUGUUUUAUCUGCUUGGUUGAGAUUCGAGAGGAGAGAACACGAGCUCGUUGGAGUUGAUUCCAUGGAUUGUAAUGGGUUUGCUAUUGAAUGCCCCAAGACUAGCUUGACUCAUGGUUACGAUUUGAAUCUAGUCAACGAGCAUUGUGAUUGCGAGGAAAACUUUGGUAGCGAUGAGAUUAGAAUCUCUAGUCUAGAAGAGGAUAGUGAUUUUGCCUUCUGCAUAGGUUCAGAGAAGGUUAAGUGUGUCAGGUCGCGAAUCGCAGCGCUUUCGCGUCCGUUUGAGGCCAUGUUGUGUGGUUCUUUCGUCGAAUCAAGAACGUCUGAGAUCGAUUUCUCCAAGAAUGGCGUUUCGAUUGAGGCAAUGUUGGCACUGAACAUAUAUAGUAGGAUCAAGAGAGUUGAUUUGUUUCGAGUUGAAACAGUCUUUGAGCUGCUUGGAUUAGCUAUAAAGUUCUGUUGUGACGAUCUGAAGUCUGCUUGUGAGUCUCGCUUGGCUUCGUCUGUCACUGACAUGGAUAAAGCUUUGACCUUUGUAGAGUACGCGUUGGAGGAAGGCACAAAGCUUCUCUUAUCUGCUUGCUUGCAGGUGUUUCUGAGAGAGCUUCCUCACUCUCUUUACAAUUCCAUUGUGAUGAGAGUCUUCUGCGGCUCUGAAGCAAAAGAAGAAUUAGCUUUUCUUGGCUCCGAGAGUUUGUUUCUCUUGUACUACUUCCUAAGCCAAGUAGGCAUGGAAGAGAAACUCACCACGGAGGCUAUGCUGGUUUUGCUAGAGAGAGCUCGAGAGUUUGCUCGGGAAAGCUGGCAAAAGGCUGUGUGUUUGCAUCAAAUGGGAUGUGUUCUGUUUGAGAGAAGGGAUUACAAAGCAGCUCAGUUUCAUUUCAGGUUAGCUUCAAGCUUAGGCCAUGACUACUCAUUGGCUGGGUUAUCAAGAACUGAAUAUAAACAAGGGAAGAGGUACUCUGCUUACAAGCUCAUGACCUAUCUCAUCUCUAACCACAAGCCACAUGGAUGGAUGUACCAAGAGAGGUCUCUGUACAAUGUCGGGGUUGAGAAGCUAAAAGAUCUAGCAACCGCCACCGAACUUGACCCGACGCUGGCUUUUCCGUACAAGUACAGAGCUGUGGUGAAGUUUGAACAGAAGCAGGUUAAGGAGGCCUUCGAGGAGGUUGAUAGAUUAAUUCAGUUUAAGCUUACUCCAGAUUGCCUUGAACUGAGAGCUUGGCUGUUUUUAGCCAUUGGUGACCGUGAGAGUUGUCUGAGAGAUCUUAGAGCAGUGCUGUGUUUGGAGCCGAGUUACGUUUUGUUUGGUGGGAAGAUGAGAGAUGAUUUGGUGAAAGCUCUGACUGUGCAAUGUAUUGGAGUAGAGAGUGAAGCAGAUUGUUGGGUGAGGCUUUACGAGAGAUGGUCAGCGGUGGAUGAUGUUGGUUCAUUGGCUGUUGUUCAUCAGAUGCUUCAGAAUGAUCCCAGCAAAAACUUUCUGAGGUUUAGACAAUCUUUGCUUCUCUUAAGACUGAAUUGUCAAGGAGCAGCGAUGAGGUGUUUGCGAAUGGCAUGGAAUUUGGCUUCUUCUGAGGCGGAGAGGUUGGUCUACGAAGGGUGGCUUUUAUAUGACAUGGGUCAUGUGGACGAGGCUCUUACUAAAUCCGAGAAGGCAAUCUCCAUUCAACGCUCCUUUGAAGCUUUUUUCCUCAAAGCUUAUGUUAUAGCUGACAAGAAUCUCGAUCCGGACGAGACCUCUUGCGUUGUUCAGGUUCUAGAGGAAGCCCUCAAGUGUCCUUCGGAUGGGCUACGCAAAGGACAGGCUCUAAACAAUCUUGGGAGCAUCUACAUCGAUGCGGGAUGCUAG